AUGGAUCCAGACAGCCGGGAACGUCUAGAAUGGCAUGGAAUGCUGGCUGCUGUGCUCACUGGCGAUGUCUUUCGGCAGGAGAAGAAACGACUGAUCGGCGCCUCCGAACAGGAGGUGGGCAAGAAUGCGCAAAAGGCAGAAUUGUGGCUGGGCAUUCGCUCGCGUAUAUGUGGAAGGCAUCUGCCAGUGCAGCGCAGGAUGGUCGAAGAUGCACGGGGCACUAUGGACCGGGUCAUCGAGGAGGUCAUCAACUUCCGUAUCGCUGGCGAGAGCGAGGCCGGCAAACCACCCGCAGAGCAGGUCAACGAUAUGGUUGCCAAGAUCGACAAGCUCGAGAGCUUGUACCCAUCGAGAGAGGCGAUGCUGCAAGCACACUCCUCGGCCAGGUCACAGCUCUUCUCCGAAGCCUGCGAGGCCAUAGUAUCUUGGUACAACAUCAACGAGCUGAUCAACACCGAACUGCUCGUGUUGAGGAGAUGGGUCGGAAAUGACGAGCUGGACUUCCUGCGCACCAGGGAGCGAUCUUCCAUGCCGAAUGGGAUCGGUGAAGAGGCGUCGUUUCUCGAUAAAUUGUUGAAGGAGGAUGGUCUCAAGUCGUUACAUGAGCACUGGGAAGAGGACGUCGGUGGCAACAAAAGCAAGCGCCAAAGCAUGUUGACAGCCAUCACCAACACGAUACUCAAGGCCAAAGAGACACUUAUUCUCAACGCCGAAGCAUUCAAGAAGCGCCAUCUACCUCCGUACAUUGAAGAUCUUCUCACCCUAAUCAGUUUCCCAUCUCGGCUGAUCGAGGAGAUCAUCAAAGUCCGGCUGGCUUAUGCGAAAAGGAUGAAGGAGUCUGCGCAACAGAAUCCAAUGCUCCAGGACCAGAUGAUCUCGCAGUUCCAGGUCCUGCUGAAUCUCGCCAUCGGCAUCAAAGCUGAGUACCUGGGCAUUUCGCAGCCAGAGCCCGGCUGGGAGUUGCCCCCCUGCAUCGAUGAGGCCUUUGACCAGGCUGUACUGGAGGCGUUGAAGUAUUACUUCAAGAUGCUCAAUUGGAAGCUGAGCGGCAACAAGAACACCUUCAAGGAGGCAGAGCUCCUCUUUCAGGAAUGGGAGUUCAUCAACGAGAUCGGGAGUCACUUGGACCAUGGUGACGUUGAAGUCGCGGAGCAGUUCAGCAACCUGACUUUCAAAGCCUUCCGACGUCUGAGUGACACAUUUGAAAGGGAACUGCAGAGAAAACCAAAGGAGAGCGCCGCCGAAAUGAGCAAAAGGUACAAACAGAUUUUGGACUCUGUACGGGUGCGCCAAAGAAUGCUUCAGCGCUUCUCGAGGAUGUUGAGCGCGUGUUACGAAAAUGCAUGCGAUUUCAGCAUCGCUUUUGGGCUCGAACAGCUACACGACCUGUUCGCGCGACUUGUGGAAUCCGGCCACUUCCAGAUCUAUACCGGAAGUAUUGAGCACGAGGGUGUGAUCCUGGUAGCUUCGCCGUCACUGCAUAACCGCCCGGAUGAAAUUCAGUCCAUUAUCGGGACCGCUUCGUACGAGCACGCCACAGAGGAUCCAACCCAUCCCUAUAUCCUCAUCAUCCGAGCCGAGAACGCACCGCAUUGGUAUGGACCCAAAGUGUCCAUGAAUGUGCGGGAAGAGCCGCUGGAUCUGAAGACGGGCCACCUGAGGCUGAUUGCUGGUGGGUCGCAACUUCGGCUUACAGCCGCCAGGAGACUGUUUAUAGAGCUCAUUGACGCGCAUCUCGACCUCGUUGUGGAGCAACGGUCCAAUCUAAAGAAGGUCAACAUGAAGCUGGGCGAUAUCAAGCGGGUGGCAUACAAGCUGUCGCACACCUUCAUGGACAGCGUGGAGACGAUUCGCUCGCAGACCAAGGACCUGGACGUGCAAGACCUCAUCCAGACGUGUUUCAUCUUCGCUACAGAAUUUGGUCAACGCUCGCUGCUAUUCAUGGACAGCAACCGCCGACAGAUGAACAACAUCAAGCUGACGAAACUCGCACUAGACUGGGUCAGCUUCAUCUGCGACGACUGCGUCUCGUCCGACCGCAAGACGUUCCGAUGGGCUGUUCUGGCUCUGGAGUUUGCAAUGGGCAUGACCCGCGGCAGACACAUCUUGGCACUAGGAGAUGAUGAAUAUGCCAAACUGCGAGAGAAGGUCGCCGGGUGCAUGUCCUUGCUCAUCUCUCACUUCGACAUCAUGGGUGCGCGGUCGACUGUCGCAGCCCAGGCUGAGAAGCAGAGGUUGGAAGCCCUCGUUGGCCAAUUCAGGAGGCUGGACAAGGGCAAGAACGUCGAUGACCAGACCGCCUCGCAAUUUGUGCUCGACCACAGGAUGCAGGAGCUCUCCAAGAUUGACGAGGCGAGAAAGCAAAUCAUGCUGGAGCGGUCUGCCCUGGGCCGCGUCCUCGAGGCCUCCAACGAGGUCGAUCGCUCCCUGGCAUACCUCUCGUCUACGGCCACCAACUUCACGAUGCGAUGGCAGCAGGGCCACUUUGUCGGUGGUGGGACCUUUGGCAAUGUUUACAAGGCCAUGAACUUAGACACCGGACAACUGAUGGCCGUGAAGGAGAUCAGGCUGCAGGAUCCGAAGCUGAUCCCCAUGAUUGCCACGCAGAUCAAGGACGAGAUGCGUGUGUUGGAGUCUGUCGACCACCCCAACGUUGUGUCUUAUUUUGGUAUUGAGGUCCACAGAGACAGGGUCUAUAUCUUUAUGGAGUUUUGUUCAGGAGGCUCCCUGGCCAACUUGCUCGAGCAUGGUCGCAUUGAGGAUGAACAAGUCAUCAUGGUUUACGCGCUGCAGCUUUUGGAAGGUCUUGCGUACCUCCAUGAAGUCACGAUCGCCCAUCGCGAUAUCAAACCAGAGAAUAUCCUCCUUGACCAUAACGGCAUCAUCAAGUACGUUGACUUUGGCGCGGCCAAGGUCAUCGCACGACAGGGAAAAACUCUCGUGCAAGACAUGUCAUCCAGUGAACCCAACAAAUCUAUGACCGGCACGCCGAUGUACAUGUCUCCUGAAGUGAUCAAGGGCGACAACCCCGGGCACUUUGGCGCGGUGGAUGUCUGGUCGCUGGGCUGCGUGAUCCUCGAGAUGGCUACUGGCCGCCGGCCCUGGGCCAACCUGGACAACGAGUGGGCUAUCAUGUAUAACAUUGCACAAGGCAACCCACCGCAGCUUCCGACCCCCGACCAGCUGUCCCCUGACGGCAUCGACUUCUUGAAACGUUGCUUCCUCAAGGACAGCAGGAAGAGGGCGACGGCGAUGGAGCUCUUGCAGCACGAGUGGAUCAUGACGAUCCGCCGGAGCGUGACAACGCCGAACACGCAGUCCGCGGCCGGGCGCCGGGGAAGUCUGGGCCCGGAUGGGAUGUUUUCGGUCGCAGAGUAG